AUGAUUUAUACGCAUGCACGCAAGACAGCUCUCGGGAACAUACCCCCGAUAAUCAGUAGCCAGUCAACACACUGCGCUGCGUUGAUCUGGUUUGUCGAGUUCACUUCUCUGCUAUCAACAAUCAUCAGCUAUGUCCUUCAGCAAGAGAUCUAUGGCUCUGAGCGUGAUUUUCAUAGUACUUUGGCUUUUUGGAGAAGCGUUAAGCCUUUCAGGUUGGUAAAUUUUCACAGUACUAACAGUAAUCAGCAUGCGAACCGUGCAAAACAAGAUAACAAAAAUUGGAAAGCCUGAACAAUUAUAGCUAGAACGUAUGACACAAGUGAUUCGACAAUAGCUGUAUUUAUCUACAUGGAACUAUUCACGAUUGUUGAUGUUUUAAACUUCCACUAUCGCGAACAAUUUCAUGGAAGCGUUAAGCAUUGACUAGGAAAAAGAUAAAAGUGUUAGACAAACUAAAAAUGGCCAAGGAACGCGUUUUGUUAAACAAUGACUAAACUGCGUUUAAAUAAUUACCGACAGGCCUUGUUGUAUUGAUGUGGCUAAGACUAUUCAGUACCAAGUGUGCGCUUAUUAGCGGUGUUUGUUUAACGAGGAAUCCAUAGCGCUAUUUUUUUUUGUAAAAAGUGCAAUCUACGAUUUUUAGUUUUGUUUCCCUGAUAGCCUUUGUUCCCACACGAGCACUUCUUGCGACAAAUUCUCGAGACACAUUUCGCAGCUGUACUUUAUUCGACAUGAUUUCAAUAACGAUACAGUGACGAUACUUUGUUCAAAAGAUAAGAAAACAACGUACCAAAAAUACCUCUUGAAAAGGAGGAGCGCUUACAUAUACAAGUAUACGACAUCCCAAAUAACAAAGCAAAACUCUAGGGUCCCGUUCACAAGAAUUAGGGCAAACUGAAAAUCGAGUUAAUUGAAGUUAAUAAAACAUCUUAAUCGAUUUCACUUGGUCCGAAAAUGGAAGACUACGUUUCUAAGUUUCUCUAGAUUUUGCCGUUUUAGUAAGCGAAAGCGAGUCAUCAUACACCAUUUCUCCACGCUUUUGCUUUAUGGCUGAUCGAAACUCUUCUUUGGACUUUAGUCAAGGAUUCACGGCGCCAAAAAAGCCUGCUCUACAGUUGUUUACUCAAAUAAUUGCGCCAAAGGACAGGUAUUAUUUAAGCACUAUAUCAGCGUGCGUGCCUAAGGCACUCUCUGCUUGAAAACAUCAAAAUUCAAAUUAAAAAAUUAUAUCAUUCAGUCUUCUGAGCUUUCCUUUUAUGAGUUAACAGCAGUAAACACCAGUCUUUAAAUUAGAAUAACAACUAAUUUAAAUGUUUAUUAGCUCCUCGAACAAUGAAUUCACGCACACCCGGCAAGAAAACACAACAAAAAGUGUUUCUGACACCAACAUGGCGUCUAUCUCCAUAGAAGCAAAACAACAACAAAAACAACAGCAUUUGUGCAUCUAAAGGAAGAUUGAAGGGCCUCUGCUCGCACGGUACUUCGUUUCGUCAUCGAGGGCAUUAAAACUUGAAUUUCUAAGCCUUGCGUGACGUACAAUUUAAAAGACGCCCGAGAAAGCUGCCAAGUAGGUUGAAAACUAAGAGAAUUUUACUUCAAGGUUUUGUUAUCCGAAAAAUCCCUGUAUUGGAAUAGGUAUCAAUUUUAAUUUUCAUGAGCUUUUCGAACGAGGACUUCAGUCCGCCAUCGGAAAACUUAAUAACAGAAAUUUUUGCUGGUUUUCUGCCGUCAUAUACGUGCCCUCUUAUAGGAAACCAACAUGAGGUCUCCAUGAAACAACAACAGCUGUAACAAAAGCAUGUUAAUUUGUAACAAAUGUCGAAAGUAAAAUAGCAACAGCACUGACAGCAGGGCCCACACUCUUUUGUGUGCGUGUAAAAACAAUCUUUAUUGUUAUAUAUUUGGAAAGUUUUCCCCAAAAGCGCGGGCUCGUAUUGGGUACUUCGAGGUCACAUGACAUCUAACAAUUAAACUGUUUCCCGCCAAAAUCUCUGAGCGGGCAACAUAAUCUAUGACGAAUCGAAUAUCAAUGUUUCCCUCGGCUCCGCCUCGGUAAACAUUAAGAUUCUUGCGAAGCAAAAUUAACUGUUUCCCUCUGGAACAGUCAUUAAGUGUUUAUUAUAUCUAAAUGUUUCCUUUAGUCCAGUCAUUACUACAAACCACCGAGCGGGAAAAUCGGGAGUGGCCGCUUUACGGUGAUGCACUUACUACGGACACCUCGCUAUCACAGACAUUUUCUUUUAUACUCGGGAUGGAGUAAAACCCUUGAGAGUCUCUAAAACCAUGCUCCAUUUCGGGCUACCAUUAAUGUGAAAAACGGCUACCAUUGUCCAAUAACUAUAUUCAUAAAAUUGUGAGCAUGCGUCUUGUUUAAGAACACAACACCUUUCGAUCCAAAGACCGGGGCACUUAGCAUUACACCACCGCGCAAUUCGGACAGCCCCAGUAAAAUGGCGCUAACGUGACGUGAGAAAGGAGUACUGUGACGUUUUCUUUGCUUAGUGAAGUAAGUAUCCAAUCAAUCUUUUUACAGCAGAAAAGAAGUUCAACACUAUCGUGGCAACUUGGUCUUUGAGUAUUUUCUUUCUGGUUCUGAGCGCCGUCAUCACCACAGUAUUUAUGUUCAGGAUAAAAAAGAGGUAAGGAUAAUUUCAGAUCAUUAUACGUUUCUUGGAAACGGCCCAGCUACCCCUCCCCUCAGCCAACAUUAACGUUUACCUGUCACUUCUGGCAAAAUGUUGGCUUAUGGGGGGGGGGAGGUAGGCAGUUUUCCAAAAUAGUAUAAUGAUGAGGGCCGGACAGGAAAACAUAGCGAGGUCCAUGCGUCCUGACCGAGAGCCAAAUAUUUCCCCGUUCGACCCGACCUAACUCAGUCAAUAAGUAUUCUAUCACAUGACCGUUGUGUUUUUUAAAAUUGUUCUGACGGAGCAAGCCCUCAUCGAUCAGAACGCUUUUUAAGCAGGGCCGUAGGCGUUUUUCCGUCCCUAUCACUUGAGGCUUUUGGCCCUCAUACGGGAUUUUUUUAUAUGGUUUUCCAACAAGAUUGCGCGCGGGCCAUACGGGUCAUAUGAUAGUAGCUAAUAUUCGUUAUUGCAGGGAGGGGGAAGGGACACUAAAUGAUCCAGUAGGCAGAGUAUAACGUAUAACAAGAAGCACGUGUUAGCCGGGCUUUAUACAGCUACUUAACCAUUCAUUCACCAACAUCAACAUGGCCGCCGUGACGUCAUGCGAAAACGCUCUACAUGCCAUUUCCAUAUUUCCCACAAUGCACCUUAUUUGUCCCCCCAAAUUUUGCGCAACCUUUGUUUUUCAUUUCUCCUGGGUAUUACAGCCGUCCCAAGAGAAGUUUAAAACAAUGCUUAUACAAAAUUUGGGGGGCGGGGGUAGGGGGGGUUAAUAACGUGCAUUAUGGGAAAUGUGGACGUUGCGUAUAGGACAACAAUAGACAGAAGGGUUUUCCGGGGUAUCAUCACGUGACCUAACAUGAGGAAGCAAAGCACACAGGCUAAAAAGAUCGAUUUGCCCAAAAAAACAACAAAGCUGAAAAAUUCUGAUAGUUGAAGUCAAAUGCUGUUGCCGUUGUAAACUAACCGUAAUAAACAUUUUUCUUUCUAAAAUCCGCAGGUUUUCGAGUGUAGACUUACCUCCAGAAGGGACCCAGUGAAAAGAACAAAACCAACAACAAUUUGGCUGCUUCAUACAGGUAAUAGUCUUAGUAAGCAUCUGUACGUUUUAGUAAUAGUUUUAGUAAUCACUUUCAAACUGGGCAAUUUUACUCAUUUUAAGACGCUCUUUCCAGUGGUGUCGACAGAUUUUUCCUAACUUGUCCACGUCAAAAGUAGACUACGAGUAGUUCCUACUUUUCCCUCAAGUAUAGUAGAGCGAGCGAAACGCGAGCGGGCGUGAAAAUCAUUCCACGCGAGAAAGGCGAGACGCGCUCGGGAAAGAGGAAAAACGUGGAAGAGUGUAAAUAGUAUUUUAAACAGGACAUACUGUAAUAAAUGCAGAGAAGAUCAUAUUCUCUCUUCAUUUAUUUGUCCAUCCCGCAGUUCAAUCCAUACAAUGUCAACUUUAUUUUUCUCUCUCUUCCAGGACAAAACGAGAGUAACCAUGGUUGUGAAAAGGAAAAAAAUGUUCAGAGGGCUGGACUGAACUUUCAAUACAGU